CUUCCGGAGCGCGACCUUGGCGGGCGGCGGCUGAGGGAGGCAGAGCGGCGCUGGGGCGGCGGCCGUGCGCUGUGCCCAGGGCGGGAUGGCGGCGCCCACCAUGGAGGAGAGGAAGGCGUGCUGGGGGGCCCGGGACGAGUUCUGGCAGUGCCUGGACAGCCACGGGGAUGACGCCGCCAAGUGCGAGAAGCUGCGCCGGGCCUUCGAGUCGCGCUGCCCGCAGCAGUGGGUUAAACACUUUGACAAAAGAAGAGACUUUUUAAAAUAUAAAAAGAAGCUUGAAACAGAAGGGUUUCAUCCUCCAGAAGCUGCUGCAAAGUCUUAGGAACUCAGCUCUCAAAUCAAGUGAGAGUAACUGCAGAAGGAAGAAGCCGGAGAAAGCAACAGAAUCUGCUUGAGUGCAAGAACUGGAAAUGCAGCGGUCUCCCUGAAAUGCAAGCUGCUCUUCCUGUUGCCAGGUCUCAUGUGUCUGCUAAAAAAAAAAGGGGUCAUGGACAGCUUUUUGAUGAGUUUAAGUCAAAAAAAUAUGGUGCAGGGCUGUUCAGAAAUUUAAGAGUUUAAAUGUGUAAUUAGUAAAAUUGUUUCAGACAAAUAAAUGAUUAUUUAAUACUGCAAUGUACAUAUUCUAAAGAGAAAAUGAAAUUGUUUUUCAGAAAGUGAAACAGCUUUCUCCUAAAAUAAAGUCCAUUCCAAUUUGC